AUGAAUGAGAUGAAGAAGGAGAAUGGCGAGAUCAAACAGCUGCAGAAGGUGAAAAACUUUAAUAUAGCAAACCGUUGCACCAGUCAUCACGGAAAUGAGUAGACUGGCAUCUUUUUUCAUAUUUGGAUGGUGAGAAAUUGAAAUCAAAACUGCUUGUAGAGGAUAUGCAAAUUAAAAAAGUGAAGAAGAAAAAGAAAAAGAAACAUAAAGAGAUUGAAAAACGAAAACAUCCCAAAAUGUACAGCAAAGCUAUUCAAACCAUCUGCUCAGGACUAGUUUCUGAAAUUCAUCGUCAGGAAACUAAAGGCAGUAUUGGCCAGGAUCUUCUUAAAGGUACAGUGUUCUUCCAAGAAGGCACAUGUCUGGAGAAGGAAGAGUAUCAAAAAGAAUGCAAAAUUUUUGAAACUGAAAAAGAACUUCCAUUUGACUCUUUAAAGGAAUCACAAAUUCCCAACAAAGAGCAAGGACUGGUCAAGUCAGAAUUUAAACACCUUAUACAUGUAGAACAUCAACCCAAUGGUGGUGCAUCUGUUGUGCAUGCUUAUAGCACUGAACUUACUCACCUGUCUCCUGUGGAGAUGGAGAGGUUUGCCAAUGAGUUUGUGAGUUUGUCGUUUAGUGAAAAUGAGAACUGUGCUGCUUUACAUACAAUGGGCAUUGUUCAUGGGGCAGCAGGAUACCUGCCUGAUUUCCUGGACUACUUCUCAUACAAGUUUCCUAGUUCAACAGUAAAAGUGGAAAUUUUGGGAAAGAAAGACAUUGAAACAACUUCUAUGUCCAAUUUUCAUGCGCAGGUAAAAAGAACGUAUUCCCAUGGUACAUACAGGGCAGGUCCAAUGCGACAGAUCAGCUUGGUUGGAGCUGUGGAUGAAGAAGUAGGCGAUUACUUCCCAGAGUUCCUUGACAUGUUGGAAGACUCACCUUUUCUGAAAUGUACACUGCCGUGGGGGACUUUUUCAAGUCUUAAACUUGAAAGUCGCAAAGAGAGUGAUGACGGUCCCAUUAUGUGGGUUCGACCAGGAGAACAGAUGAUCCCCGUAGCAGACAUGCCAAAGUCACCUUUCAAAAGAAAAAGAGCAACCAAUGAAAUAAAGAAUCUGCAGUACCUACCUCGAACUAGUGAGCCUCGUGAAAUGCUUUUUGAAGACAGGACUCGAGCUCAUGCAGAUCAUAUUGGGCAGGGCUUUGAAAGACAAACCACAGCAGCAGUUGGAGUCCUAAAAGCUGUAAACUGCGGGGAAUGGUCAGAUCAGCCUCGUAUAACCAAAGAUGUGAUUUGCUUUCAUGCACAAGAUUUUGUUGAGGUAGUACAUCGGUUGCAGUUGGAUUUGCAUGAACCACCUCUUUCCCAGUGUGUCCAGUGGGUCGAUGAUGCAAAACUUAAUCAGCUGCGAAGAGAAGGCAUCCGGUAUGCUAGGAUUCAAUUACAUGAUAAUGAUAUUUAUUUUAUUCCACGAAAUGUUGUACAUCAGUUCAAAACCGUGUCUGCUGUCUGCAGUUUAGCCUGGCACAUCCGACUAAAGCACUAUCACCAAGAAGGAGCACCUCAGAUGUCAAAUACCCUAGAAAAGGUUCUGGACAUACCUGUGAUUCAGGGGCCUUCAGGUAUUACAGUCAAAACUGAGACUUUUGAACAUGUGGACAAAAAUACCUCUGUGGAGUUAAAACUUCCUAACAUUCAAGAAAAUGUAAGAGAGAUAGAACUCUCAGACAUUAAAGGUGAACCUGCUGACAUCUCUUUCAAAGGUUCUGAUGAGCCUGUUGAGGUUCAUACAGCUGAAACUGGAAUGUGCACACUUGACUGUGAACAUCUGAAUACCAGAGCAGGGCCUCAUCUUACAGGAAUCACGACUGUUAAGAUGGAGCUUGAAGACAGAGACUCUCAGUUUAACAGUGAGGACUUGAUGCAGAAACUGCCUUCUGGAAAUCACAUACACAUACAACCUGAAGAUACAAGACAAAUCUGCUCAGUAACUCAAGGAUUGCAUGGGCAGCACCAGAGCUUUUUGUGUUAAAAUUUGUACAUAUUGUUUUUACUUUUUUAACUGUUAUAAUGGUGUGAUGUAUUAUAAAAUAUGUAAGCUCUGUGGGGCAAGACUAUGACUUGCUCUUAAAUCUGUUACAGAAAAUACAGUAAAUGUAGCUUUGUAACAUUCCUCAGUGCCUGUCCGUAACUGUGAAAUAUUGAAGCACUUAGGGCCAGCUUCACUGUAACACUGCAGGUUAAGUAAACAGGUUUUUAAAUAAUAUAUUUUUGAGUUGUAGGUUUUAGAAUAGAGCUGACAUUAACAUAUAUAUUUUUUGUAAUAUGAGCCAGAAUUCUUUUGACUCCAGGCUUUUCCAUAUAGCUUAUUUAUAUCAAGUUUUUCAUUUUAAAUAUCUUUGUCAGCACUGUAGUGUAAAUAACUUUUUUAAACUUGUAGUGUGAUUUAUACUAAAAAAGUGGACCAGUUAAUAAAGGUUCCUAAUACUGGCCAUGUGGCAUAUUUAAAGAUCAUAGCAGAUUUUGUAUUAAGUAGUCAAACUGCUUCAUCAGCCUUUUUGUAUGUACUGAUUUACUGUACAGUUUAAUAGAUUCUAAGGGAGGAUGAGCAAUAAUAUACCUCCAGAUUUCAAAAACUCUUGCAUCUUCCCUCAUGUUAUUCCUCCCAGAUUUUUUCAUAUAUCAUUAUCUUAGCCUUUAUCUAUAUCUGAUGUACAAGCAGUGUUUUAAGUGCUCAAAAGUUAUGCUGACAAGAUCUAAUUUCUUUUUAUUUUUUAUAUUCAUAUUGGCAGAUGGUGUGCAUCAUUUUUAUCCAUCCAAACUUAUGUGGUUGAAUUCACCAAAUAGUAAUAUGUAUUGUAGUACGUGCUCUUUUUUUUCCCCAUGCGGCCAGGAUAUCACACAGUUUGGGUUUUCAUUUCAAAAGUCUAGUGUAUUUUAGAAUAAAACCUCAAUAGGAAAGGAGCAACAUUGUUACUCUUGCAGCAUUAGCAGUUGAUUAUUCAAGCCUUCUCCCCAUUCACUGUUGGGAUUUGUCUGAAAUUUGUCUUUUUUGUUAUAGCUACUAUAUUGUAAUAGCACUUGGAGCAGAAUUGUUCUGCAUAAGAAACUGCCUGCUGCUGCAGUAGUACACAAAUGGUGUGCAGUUCUGAUCCAUAUGUGCCUGCAGUGCAGCGCAUGAUAAAUUUUUAGAUAAUUUAAAAUUGUGUGUGGGAUAAGUGGAGGAAUUUGUGCUGAGAGUGUGUAUGUUUUUUCCUUCAGUGCCAGCACCUCUAAGCCAGAAGUGACAGUAAAUGCAGUUUGCUUUCCAAAGGUCAGUGUAGGUUAUGAUGUGCUGGCUUUUAGAAGCUGAAAUUUAUUCAUCAUGGUGUACACUUGUUUUGUAUAGUAACAUUAGAAAGACGCAUGCAUUUGUUCAGUAGACAUAUGUUCUACUAGUUUUAGGAAAACUUCUACAACAGAUAAAAAGCAAUAUUGGCAGUGUCAACCUUGUUUAAACAGAAAGGUGGGAGAAUGGUAUAUGUGAGUGGUCCACUUCUGGAAGGUAUGCUGCCACACACCUUAACAGUUUUUUUCCUAUGUAUGAGUAUGGUGCACGUACCUUCUUGUAAUGCUGUUUUGCACAUUGUUUCCAGUGUUUCAGGUUAUGACUUCAUUUGCAGAACAAUCAAGGCAGCUUUUUCAGUUCAUCAUUAAGUCAAGAAUCAGAUAUUUAAGCACAAGGCAUCAUUUAGAUUGGUAGCUUGAUCCAUAAUUGAAAGGGUCAGGGUGGAAGAAACAUGUUUAUACAAUAACACUGAUUAUAUGUUAUUUAGAGUAUAUCUGAUGUCAGUGCUGUCAUGAUAGUCAGAAAUCAUAAGUCAAGAAAUGUUUUGAAUAAAAGAAUGCUCAGUAUAUCUUGUAUGUAAUGUAUACUGUUCAAACAAAAUAGUUAUUCUUUUGA